ACUGAACAGCGCGUCUCAGGUCUUUCGCACUUCCAUUGCUACUUAGUAAUGGUACGUGCCUCGUACAAUCCAGCCUGAGUGAGGUGCAUUGGAGGUUGGAUGUGUGUGUGUGGCUGAUGAACGCUGUUUGUCUCUCUCUCUCUCUCUGUGCCCCUCGUGGCUGCAGUGUGAGCCGCAUCAUUCCAGCCAGUGCUCCCUUUCUCACACUGCCUGCCAUCUCACGCCUCCUUUUCUGAAGCUGUUGCAGACAUGGCGACAACAUUGCAGCCGCUUACGCUGGAAAGAGAUGUGGCUCGAGCUAUUGAAUUGCUAGAGAAGCUUCAGGAAAGUGGAGCAGUGCCAAUCCACAAACUGCAGUCCUUACAGAGAGUACUACAGAGUGAGUUUUGCACUGCUGUCAGAGAGGUUUAUCAGUACAUGCAUGAGACAAUAACCAUCAGUGGCUGCCCAGAAUUCAGAGCUCGCGCAACUGCAAAGGUGUUCGAGAGUAUAUAUGAGAAUUUAGACAUCAGUGGCAGCCCAGAAGGUAGAGCCAGUGCUACUACCCAGGCCACUGUUGCUGCUUUUGCUGCAAGUGAAGGUCAUUCCCAUCCCCGGGUUGUGGAGUUACCAAAAACUGAAGAAGGCCUUGGUUUUAAUGUGAUGGGUGGAAAGGAGCAAAAUUCACCAAUCUACAUCUCUCGUAUUAUCCCUGGAGGUGUUGCCGAUAGACAUGGGGGCCUAAAGCGUGGUGAUCAAUUAUUGUCUGUCAAUGGAGUGAGUGUUGAAGGGGAACACCAUGAGAAAGCAGUCGAAUUACUGAAGGCUGCUCAGAACAGUGUUAAACUGGUCGUUCGAUACACGCCAAAGGUAUUGGAGGAAAUGGAAGCACGAUUUGAGAAGCUACGAACUGCCCGACGCAGACAACAACAACAACUUCUGCUCCAACAGCAACAGCAGCAAGUCCAACAAAAUCAUAUGUCAUAGAUUUGUCAAGAUAAAUCUUCUAGGCACCAAGUUCAAAUGAAACCUUGUCCACUUAGAGCUAUUUGCCAUCCAAGAAGACUGUUACAAAUUGUUGAUAUUGCCGUGGGAGAUGCAAAAUGUUAAGAUAGAACAUUUGUGAUAAUUGUAGAUAAAUCAAUUGCCAGAUACUGUGUACAUCAUGUUGUAAAUGAUUGUGAAGUUUUAGCUAAGCUUAUUGCAGCUUAGAUCAAAAUGGCACAAGGUUUUUUGAAAAGUAAUGGAACACAAGUAUUCAGAGUCAUAGUAAGUAAGUGUUACAAUUUUUCUUCAAUAACAUUCUAUUUCAUUGUACCCUAAUAUACAGAGUUUGGAUAGAGCUGUUCAGGAUUUUAAAGUAAUUCGUAUUGGUUCACAAUUUUUAUCUACAAGAAGAUUGCAUUCUUAUAAAGAUAACCUUAAGCAAAUGGUAUUUCUCAAGCAGCAUUAAAGAGAUAUCAUAUUUUAAAAUUAUUCUUCUUUUUCUAAUACACAAUAGAAUAUUUUAUUUUUACAAUUAAUUAUUUUAAAUCAAAACCUUGUGCCUAAUCAUAAAAGCCAAGUUGUAGUUAGCUUUGUGGAAAGUGUUUAGAUACAUAGUUAAAUGCUGUUUGAAGGAAGAAGAGCUUAUCAUAUCGAACGACUGGAUAAAGUGAGGCCAUCCUGUUUCUGGUUAUGCAGCCUGCUGUACUGCAACAUUACCAACCUUUUCUUCUGCUGAUUGAAAGAUAUGGAGUCCAAGUGGUAGAAAGCUCAUCAAGGAGAUUCCUUCCAUUUGUCGUUCAUAUCACUAUCUUCAAUUUCAUUUGAAUCCUGACCUUACUUCCUUCAAUUUCAUCUCACUUCAACUGAAUUGCAGUGGCUGCCAGUGAUAUGUGUUGUGAAGGUUGAAUUGCAGCAAAAUAAACCAUCUGUAGGCUAAGGACAUGCUCACUGGUAAAACUUUGUAUCAUAGAUAGAUAGGUAAUGGAAACUGUACUUAGUGGUUAUAGGGGGAAAGCUGAUCCCAAAAAUCAUCCGUAUGCUAAGAACUAUCUAUCAGUGGUUCUUAAAUUAAGAGAAAAGUGUUCACAAAGAGAAUGUAGAAGUAGUGAUGAAGAAAUGCACUAACCAAUUUGCUGUCUUCCAUAAAAUGGCAGCUGCAGAGGUUUAGCUGAUUUUGCAUUCCCCUGCUUCAUUACCCUUUUUUUUUAACCUGUAGGGUACUAAUUGAGAACUAACUAGAUACUUAUGUCAAUAAGUUAUAUUUUUGUUCCACUUGACAUCUGUGACUGUUUCACAAUAAUGUGCAUAUGACAGGUGCACUGGUGGUUUUCACCAAGCAAUUUUAUUUGAUAAUUUCAUAACUACAUCUAAAUUGAGAGGGAUUGGUUGAGGAGGAAAGAAAAUGAGAUCGAACGUGAGAAGUCAGAGAGAGACAGACAGAGGAAUGGGAAGCGGAAUGAGGGUGAGGAAAGGAAGAGAGGAGGUGAGGAAGAAGAUGGUGUGAAAGGAGGGACAGGAGGGAGAAAGAGCGAGAAGUGAUAGAGAGGAAGACGAGGAGAGAGUGGGCCAAGCGUGAAAUGGUGAGGAGAGAGAGUUGUAGGAGUUGGGGUGAGGGCGGUGUGUGAUGAGAGAGGGAGAUGAGAAGAUCUGGAGUUGGAGGGGGGGGAGGUGUGCGGUGCCAAGGCAAGGAAGAAGAGAGUGAAGGCAAGCUGCCAGAGAGAGGAGAAGAAGAGGAAAAGAGCAGACAGAGAGACAUGGAUGCACGGGAGAAGAGAGAGAGAGAAAAAAGUACAGGCAGUGUGAGGGUGAGGAGACAAGACGGAGAAAAAAUAUGGGAUGGUGAGGGUCAAGAGCAAGAGGGUUAGGGAGAUGCGAGAUGGCAAUGAGAUAAUUUCUUAUCCCUUCUGCAGCCCUUUUCUCUAUCUCCUCCUACCCACUUCCAACCUCUGUCUCAUUUGCCCAUGCCUAUUCAAAAACAUCACUGUCACACACCUCCCAAGUCUUCAACUCAUCUCCCUUCACCCAUCAUGGUCUGUCUCCUCCCAUCCACUGCCAACACAAUCAAGUUUCUGUGAUCACUACAUUUAUGCUUAUUAGGUUAACUUUUUUUCUUCUACUGUAAGGGCAUUUGACUAAAAGCAUAUGCGCAAGUUCGGGAAAAGAAGGAUAAUGCACAUACAUCAAGGGAUCAGCAAAUGUGGACUUUGCAAAGCUGUAUUUCGAAAGUAUUUGCAGAGACCAGAAAAAGUUACGUGUUUUAAUUUCUGAUUUUACGUAUCAUUUUAAAUGCAACCAUAAAUAGCAAUGUUUCUGUUUGAUGUUAUAAAGAUAAAACAUUUUUGUCCCAGUCAUUUUGAUUGGCCUUUCUUCUACUAAAGCAUGAUUAAUCAGCAAUUCAUGUUUUUGGCCUGAAGGAACAAUCAAUCUUUCAAUAGUUAUGGCAAAGAUUAUCAUCUUAUUACUGUUGCAUGUGAUUUGUGAAACUUUUAACACAAACCUACUCUUAAAUAUCUCAAUUUGAGGUAGAAUUUUGUAGUGGUUUUGGUAUGUUGAUUUCACGUUAUGAUAAAACUUUGGACAAUUAUUACAAAUAAUGCUUUUAUUUCCUAAAAGUGUUAGAUUCUAUUGUAGCCCUGCUUAUGUGCUUGUAUCUGUAUUCUUUCAUUUCUAUUAGGUUAAGCAUCCUACCUCUUUAGUUAUCCUGUGUGUCUGGAAUUUCAUUGCCCUAAAUACAUUGUAUUUUAUAUGCAUGCCAAUAACACAUAAAUAGCAAUAGACUUAAGUUCUAAAUCAGCUUAAAACUCCAUUAGUAAUGCUGAUUCACCAAAUAGACAAAACUAAUGGAGCAGAUGAAUGCCCUGUUGAACUGCCACAGCCAGGAAUAAAUCACCUAGAAUUGUGCAAUACCCUCAGACCAAUUUCUGGAGCAAAUCUCUACCAAAAUCUGCAGCAUGUGAAUGAGGCAUGUCUCUUCAGUGUUUGGAGAUCUCAUUUUUUAAUAUUUUAUGAAUCUGUGCUAUGUUACUAUUGUAUGAAGCAGUGCUAAGCCAGUGUUAUUUUAUUGACAAAAUUGUGCAGCUUUAAAAUGAGCAAAAAUAGCUCACUGUGCUCAGCAUCACAAUUCUGAGAAGAACUGCUACUCACUACCUGUCUCACAGUUAGUGCAAGACCUUUGAAUGAGAGUCUCAUAAUUCUAGGAUCAUUGGUGCUGGAGAAGGAAAACCCUCAUUGGAACUAUUUAAUUAUUCAAGUGUCUUAGAUAACCAAUAACUGUUUCAUAAUAUGACCAAGACUGCCAUAAAUUUUGGAGCCUAGGUCAUUUGCUCAAGCUUAGAUAAUGACAAUGUCCUAGAAAUUGGAUGUGACUACUUUCUAUGGUGUGUGUUGAAAAGAUGAAACUCACUAUUCAAAAAAGCAGUGGUAAAUUGAUGGAGAAUCAGACAGGUUGAUGAAGGUUUGAGUGAUUGGCAAUGGUAGAAAAUGGAUUGCAAUUGUUUUUUAGUGUCCUUGGUAUAUACUUCCUAUUUCUCUUGCAGCUGAUAAUAAGGUGUUCAUUUUCAAAUCAAAGGUAACCAUUAACAGACUGUUGUUAAUAAUGAUAAAUGAUUGUGCUGACACCAAUUUAUUAAUUCCCAUAUAUUUUACAUUUGGAUGCAUAACUAUUCAACUGGUCUCUGAAUUUCUAUUCACUUGAUUGCGUGACCUGAUAUCAAUGGUGUUGCAUGCAGUAAUCUGCAUGCAUAUCGUACCAUGAAUAAUUUACAUGGAGGUAAAUUGUACAGUGUUUGAAAUAUAAAGCAAUUAAAACUACAUGUGAAUAGAGAAUUGAAAUCUGAGGUUACCUGACACCAUUCAGAACCAGUCUUGGAGUUUCGAUUUCAACAGUUACAAUGGAGAAAAUGGUUAUGGGAAGGAGAAUUUAGAUUUUUUUAAAGCUGUUAAUGGAGAAAUUCUAAUGCAGCUGUGUGAUAGGGUUGCCAAUCCCUGCUCCUGCUCAAAUGAAGUUUGAUCGUGUGCCAUUACUUACAGUUUACAAUUAUUUCACUCUUCAAUGUAUUUUAGCACCUUUGCAUGGAGCAUAAAUCAAUAAGAGUUAAGCUGUCAAGUGGGGCUAAAAGAGAGUAGGAAAAAUAAGUACACAAAAUAGAGUCUUCAAACCUUGAGUCUGUGAACAGUAUCAACUGGCUAUCUUAAGUUGAAACUGUCUGUUGCACCUUCAGGCAGAAUUCUUGGACUGCUGAUAAGCAUCACCUGCCCAAAGACAGAAUUUCAUUUUUAAUUUCUAAUUCUGCAUUUACCACAGCUAACCACCUAGCCUGCACAUUCAUGGACACGAUAGACAAUUUAGCAUGGCCAAUCCACCUGAUAUGUACAUUGUUGGACUGUGGGAGGAGACCAGAUCAUCCGGCAGAAACUCACAUAGACACAGGGAGAAUUUGCAGACUCUGACAGGUAGUCACCCAAGUCUGGAAUCAGACUCAGAUUCCUGGAGAAGAACAGCAGCAGUGCUAAUCACUGAGCCACUGGGUUUCUCCAUUUGGCUUCAUUGAGUGCAGUCAAGACCUAUUAAAAUGCCCAGCAACACACUUUUUAGUACCCUGCCACUGUGGCCAUGAAAUUCCACAUGCUGGCUUAAACCAAGAGAGGGGCAGUUAUAUAUUACUUCCUAAACUCAAGACUGACUGAAAAACACUUACAACCAAUAAUUGUUUUUUUCUGAAGCAUGGCCUCAGUUGUAAUUUGUAAAUCAAUAAAACCAACUUAAUAUUAUCCUGUGUCUUAGUUAGAAUUUAACAGAGACUGAGCGUUUCAGCCUCAAGCUAAAUGUUUUCGAGGCUGCACUCUGACAACCUUGCCCCACAAACUUUUCUGCCCUGACUUUGGUAAGAACAUGUUUGGGCAAAAGAACAAUGGAGUUUGGAAUCAAACUAUACAACAAAAAAAUAAUCUUUAGAAAAGUUGCAAUUGCCAGGAAGUUGAGAAAAAGUUGGAUUGGAUUUGGAAAGGUGGCUGUGCUGUGGCAAUGAGAUAUGUCUCCUUCUCAACUUAAAUUAACUGGAGAAAGCCAAAUAGUUACUGAUAAAUUGUAUGAAAGAUGGAUGCAUUUAUUUUAAUAUUGUGUUCAUUAUGUUUUGUUGUCUAUAAAAUCAAUAGCAAUUUAGCCAUCAUUUGCUUGUUUAGUUCGCUCAGAUUCUAGUUUUUGCAGUAAGCUAUGAUCUGUUUUGUUCCAUAAGUACAUUUGGCCAAUUAAGUCUUGAAACAGUUAAAAAAAAACUUACAGAGCACUGACACAAUAAACCGGAAGAAAAUCACUUUCAGUUUACAGACCUAUUAUCAUUGCUAAAGUGUGAACUGUACAGCCAAGAUUGAAUUCCCUCUGCCCUUGUAACCUAGAAGUUGCAGUCAAAAUAAUGCUUAUUUGUGUGUCCUUUUAAUCAAUGUCUAAUUACACCCCAUUUCCUAUCAAACUUAUUAGUAUAUACCAAACUGUAAAAUUAGACAAUAUCUGAAGGAAACCACUAAAAUAGUUGGAAACGUAACACAAAAUAAAGAAUAAAAGAUCAGGAAUGUCAGUCCUGUUCACUUUCUAAUCAACAUCAUGUUAAUGGCAUUCAUUGAUAUGUAGUCACUCUCUAUUAUGUUCUCCCAUUGAAAGUCCAAGAAAAUAUGUAAUGGGUCAUAAAUAAAUAGAAUGUUGUAAGUGUGAGAAAUUUCAGGUAUUUUUUGUUGAUGGCAAUAAGCCGUUUAGGAUUGCUACAAUGAAAUAGUGUCAGUUCAAUUUAUGAAAGAAUUUUUGGAGCUUUGCCGAUGUGGCAGAGGUAACAUUUAUGUCUUCGUGAUCAUAAAUGAAAACAAUUCAAAAUGGCAUAAUGUUUAUUGUUGCACACUUUGAUGGGUUUAACUGUCCAUGUCAAUUGACACUGACAGUCAUAUGACUGAAAGUAAAUUCUGCCAAUCUUGUUUGGCCAGCAUAGGUGCAAAUUACUAAUGAUGGACCCUCCAGUGCAAAUCAAUAAAUACAUGCCAAAAGACAAUUUCACAGAAAAGCCUGAAGGCUGGUGGGUGCAGGAAAGGAAAUAUUCAUAUUGGUGCAGUAGAUCGAGGAAGAGAGGGUUUUACACCUGGUUCAAUGGUGAUACCUGGUCAGUAAGUUAGGAAUUUCUAUUCACCAGUACUGGUGUUUCUUGAGCUGCGAACCAAAAUUUAUGUAGAGUAAUUGAUUCUAUUGUGGAAAUGUUCAGAAUGUUUGGUAUUGCUUCCUCUAAGUCUUUUCCACAGUUUUGAUAUGAGUUACAGUUUUAACAUAACUGUGGCAGCACGUUGUAUUCUUCAUAUUGGUAGCAGAGGUAACCACCCAUAUAUAACACCCAUAUAUAUGUAAAAUGUAAUGUUUUGACAUUACAUUGACGUUUCAGAUUGUAUGAAGCAAUGUCUUACCGAGUAGAAUGCAUAAACACUGCAACUUAUUGAAUCUUACCUGAAUUAUUUCAAAGUGAAUAUAAAUUGACAUAUUUUGAGAUGAUGUUGGCAUUGGAAUAAUGUUUUACAAAUCCGGCACAAAUUAUAAACGUGCACAUGGAGGCCGGAACAUUGGAUGCCUUCAAGGCAGAGAUCGACAAAUUCUUGAUCUCAGCAGGAAUCAAGGGUGACAGGGAGAGUGCAGGGAAGUGGAGUUGAAAUGCCCAGCAGCCAUGAUUUAAAUGGCAGAGUGGACUUGAUGGGCCGAAUGGCCUUACUUCCUGUCCUAUGUCUUAUGGUCUUAAAUAACCAGCAUUUUCUGUUUUUAAUCAUACAAUAUCAGCUUUCCUUGUCCAAUCCAAUCAUCUUGCAAUUCCUCAACUCCCUUAAAGAGGCAAUUUUGUGAAUAAGAUUAAUUCAUAACUCAUGGGUAAGUAAAAGGUGUUCUUGUUUUUUUAUCAGCAUUUUCUGCCUGUCCCUCUUUGGCUUGAGAUUUUGAUCACAACUGAGUUGUUUGCAAGGUUACUUGAGAGGGCAUUUAAAACUAAUUCACUCCAAUGUACUACAGUCUCAUAAUAAUCACAGACUUCCUUCUCUAAAAUUCAGUGGUGAACCUGUUGGGUUUUUACUAACAGUUAUCUGGUCAUUUCCACUGAUAAUAGAUAUGUUGGAAAUGAAUUCAAGUUCUCAAAUUGCAAUGUCAGGAUUAGAAUGGGUGGCCAGCCUGCUGAGGCUUUUGAAUUGGGACAUAAUUACAUUUAAAAGUUUCACCACCAGGACUUAACAAAUGGAAGAAGAUACUUAUGUAAAAUACACAGCCUGGCAGGUUACAUUUUGCAGGUUGAAGAUAGACAGGAAACUUUCCUCCUUAAUGCCUCUCAAGGGGUGUUACUGCCCAGGUUUCUUUCCCAAUGCAUUAGUCCCUUCAGCACCUUCCCAUUGAUAGAACUUCUCCAGCCAUCUUGGUAAAAACAAGGCCUUCAAACAUUUAUCCAAGUCCAGAUCCAAUGCCACACACCACAAUCCCAAAGUGCUGAAGCAUUGCUGGACUUCAAAAAAGAACAAAGAACUGUUUCAUUUUGUGUGGAUGCUGAAAAACAGAAACAUCUGGAGAAACACAGCUGAUCUGGCAACAUCUGCAGAGUGAAAUUACACAGAUGCUAGCAGAGCUGUUGAGUUUCUCCAGUUUUUGUUUUUGUUGCGACUACUGGACUUUUGCUUGAGGAGCAAAAAUCCCAGCUCCUGUCGAUUAAAUCAGUUGGACUUUAAAUGGCUGUAUUAUAACCAGUGUUCCCCUUGACUGGCUUUCCCACACAUUGUCAUCAAUUCUUUGGCUGACAGGGAUUUACAGUUGGGAAUCUAGCAUGUUGUAUAAUUCAACACAUUGGUGCAGUAGUUAUUCUGCUACUGUACCCAUAACAUUUCUGCUAACAUUUGGUUAGAGAUUGUGGCACCAGUUUUAAAUGUUGCAUCACUCCAAAUACUGUAUACUAACUAAAAGUUUUGACUCAAGAAUUAGCAUUUACAGAGCACCUUUUUAUAGCUUCAAUUUGUCACAAAGUACUUUGCUGCCAGUGAAUCACUAACCACUUAUUUUUUGUCAUGUUGGUAAAAGGGGUGGUAAAUUUGCAUAGAGCGAUAUACUACAGCGAAGCAAAUGUUACUCUUCUUGAUAUUGGUUAAAGAAUAAAUAUUUGUAGAGGAGAAUUCUGCUCUGCAAAAGAUACCCGGGAUGGUUAAAUGGACAGAUGAAUUGCCUGAACAUCUGAAAAUCUGCAUGCCCAAUAAUGAUCGAUUUGCCCGCUUGGGUUAUUUAUUUGAAUCUUACAUUGGAGUUUAAACCUCACAGCUUUCUGUUUCAGGGACAAGAGCUGAAUGAUUGUGCAAAUUUACAAUGAAGCUAUAUUACUGGAGGCAAAACAGUUGUAAGAAUUUUUUUUUAAGAAAACAUCUUAGGGAGUAACGCAAUGCUCACAAUUGACAUUGCAGUUAUUCUCACACCUUAAAAGGCCUGGGUCAGUAUAAGCAAAAUGGCUAUUAAAAUGUAAAUCUGGUGCAGAUUUCAAACUGAGAUUGUUUUGGGGAUACGUUUUAUUCUUGAAUUUGUCUGAAAACUUUUUUGCAUUUAUUUAAAAUGUUGCACAAUAUCAAGAAGUGAUAUUCUCAGUAAAGAUUAUUACUGUUUCCUUCCCCCAUUCACAAGAUACAAUAUUCAUAAAAUGAUUUUUGAUUCUUAUUUGGUUGUAAUAUAUAGUAGUCACUACUUCCACCCACACACUGAAGAAACUGUCGCUGUAAACAACAUUUGCCUGUGUUUGACUAGCAAGUAUAUUAUUUUUGGGCUGGAAAGUUAACCUGAUCAAAUAAGGUGUUCCAUUCAAUUGCAAGUAUGACCAUGAUUGAGUCUUCUUUCUAAACUUCAGCUAAGGCAUUAUGCUUUACAUUAUACCAUUACACGCUAUUUUAAUUAAAAGUAUUUUAGUUUUCCUUGUUUUGACAUUUUAAUUAAUAACUUACAUUCUUCUCUUUAUGGAUGAAGUAGAAAAUCUCGAGCUAUUGGAUAAUGCAAGGUUGAUCCAAGCUAAAUUACUGAGGACCAACCUUGACGCUUUUGUAAUAUAAUUACAUUUAACUGAUGAAUAAAUAUUGUUUCAGAGUGCUCUCUUGUGUCUCUGUUAUUUUUUGUGAAUUUCUGUCAAGGUUCAAAUUACAACCCGGAUAAUUUAUUUGCAAAGUGGAGUACAAAAUGUGUGAAAGGUUUUACCAUUAAUUCUGAAUCUUCAAGCUCACUGUGACAAGAAGCUGAGUGAAAUAUUAUUUCUGCAUGGACAAACAAGAUGUAAUACACAAGUAAUGUCUUGAAGGUUGUGAGAAUAUAUUUAUUGGAAGUGUAAUUAACCUCAUUUUUUUCCCACUUGGCUUUUGAGGCAAUUGUGUGACUCAAUAAAACCUGAUUGAAUCAGGCUUUAACAUAAUCAGGUGUGAUGCAUCAAUAAACUAGAGUGAAAACACAGCAGAACAUUUUUUUCCCCAGACCAGUUAUUGUGUAUCGU